CUGCCUGCGGCUCAGUGUGAGCAGGGCACAGGCAGCUCCUUGCAGGGAGGAGUUCUCUGUUCCUCUCUUGCAUUGCAUCAGCUGAGUGCGUUGGGAAUGGGAAAUGAAGCGGUGUGAAGCUGCGGGCUGCUGUGCGGGGUGGGCGCCGCCCGGACAAAGGAACUCGUGUGAGGCUGUCGGACAAACAUGUUUAACUUAAGGACUUGUGCAGCAAAGCUGAGGCCGCUGACGGCCUCUCAGACUGUUAAGACAAUUUCCCAACAGAGGCCGGCAGCACCCAGGACGUUUCACCCCAUCCGGUGCUACAGCACGCCGGUGGCUGCCGAGCCCUUUCUGAGCGGGACUAGUUCAAACUAUGUGGAGGAAAUGUACUAUGCGUGGCUGGAAAAUCCCAAAAGUGUACAUAAGUCAUGGGACAUCUUCUUUCGCAACGCCAACGCCGGAGCAGCUCCAGGCACUGCUUACCAAAGCCCCCCUCCGCUGAGCUCCAGCCUUUCCACGCUGUCCCAAGCACAGUUCCUGGUUCAGGCACAGCCCAAUGUAGACAAGCUGGUGGAAGACCAUCUGGCAGUGCAAUCUCUUAUCAGGGCAUAUCAGAUUCGAGGGCAUCAUGUAGCACAACUCGACCCCCUGGGCAUCCUGGAUGCGGAUCUGGACUCAUCCGUUCCAGCCGAUAUUAUCACAUCCACAGACAAACUGGACCUCGCAGUGUUCAAGGAGCGACUGAGAGUGCUAACAGUGGGAGGAUUUUACGGGCUGGAUGAGUCCGACCUCGACAAGGUCUUCCAUUUGCCCACAACCACCUUCAUCGGAGGAAAUGAGUCGGCUCUUCCGCUGCGGGAGAUCAUCCGCCGCCUGGAGAUGGCCUACUGCCAGCACAUCGGCGUGGAGUUCAUGUUCAUCAACGACCUGGAGCAGUGCCAGUGGAUCCGGCAGAAGUUCGAGACCCCGGGGAUCAUGCAGUUCAGCAACGAGGAGAAGCGAACGCUGCUGGCACGCCUGGUCCGCUCCACCAGGUUUGAGGAGUUCCUCCAUCGGAAAUGGUCUUCGGAGAAGCGUUUCGGUCUGGAGGGCUGCGAAGUGCUGAUCCCAGCCUUAAAGACCAUCAUUGAUAAGUCGAGUGAGAAGGGAGUGGAUUAUGUGAUCAUGGGGAUGCCCCACAGAGGGCGCCUGAACGUCCUUGCCAACGUGAUCAGGAAGGAGCUGGAGCAGAUCUUCUGCCAGUUUGACUCCAAGCUGGAGGCUGCUGACGAGGGCUCCGGUGACGUCAAAUACCACCUGGGGAUGUACCACCGCAGGAUCAACCGUGUCACCGACAGGAACAUCACCCUGUCCCUGGUGGCCAACCCCUCCCACCUGGAGGCGGCUGACCCCGUGGUCCAAGGCAAGACCAAAGCGGAGCAGUUCUACUGCGGGGACACAGAGGGGAAGAAGGUGAUGUCCAUCCUCCUGCACGGCGACGCAGCAUUUGCAGGGCAGGGGAUCGUGUACGAGACGUUCCACCUGAGCGACCUGCCCUCCUACACCACGCACGGCACCGUGCACGUCGUGGUCAACAACCAGAUUGGUUUCACCACUGACCCACGCAUGGCCCGCUCCUCUCCGUACCCCACCGACGUCGCCCGCGUGGUCAAUGCUCCCAUCUUCCAUGUCAACGCUGACGACCCCGAGGCUGUGGUUUAUGUGUGCAAUGUGGCAGCGGAGUGGCGAAGCACUUUCCAUAAGGAUGUGGUGGUGGAUUUGGUGUGCUAUAGGCGCAACGGGCACAACGAGAUGGACGAGCCCAUGUUCACGCAGCCCCUGAUGUACAAACAGAUCCGGAAGCAGAAGCCAGUGCUGCAGAAAUACGCCGAGCUCCUGAUUUCACAGGGGGUUGUAAAUCAGCCAGAGUAUGAGGAGGAAAUCGCCAAGUAUGAUAAGAUCUGUGAGGAGGCCCAUGCAAGAUCCAAGGAUGAAAAGAUCUUGCACAUCAAGCACUGGCUGGACUCCCCCUGGCCUGGUUUCUUCACUCUGGACGGCCAACCCCGCAGCAUGAGCUGCCCCUCCACCGGGCUGAACGAGGAGGACCUGACGCACAUCGGCCAAGUGGCCAGCUCUGUGCCUGUGGAGGACUUCACCAUCCACGGAGGCCUGAGCCGAAUCCUGAAGACCCGCGGGGAGAUGGUGAAGAACAGGACUGUGGAUUGGGCGCUGGCUGAGUACAUGGCGUUCGGCUCCCUGCUGAAGGAGGGCAUCCACAUCCGCCUGAGCGGGCAGGACGUCGAGAGGGGCACCUUCAGCCAUCGCCACCACGUGCUGCACGACCAGAAUGUGGACAAGAGGACCUGCAUCCCAAUGAACCACCUGUGGCCCAACCAGGCUCCCUACACCGUCUGCAACAGCUCUCUGUCUGAGUAUGGCGUCCUGGGCUUUGAGCUGGGCUUUGCCAUGGCCAGCCCCAAUGCCUUGGUGCUCUGGGAAGCCCAAUUUGGGGACUUCCACAACACCGCCCAGUGCAUCAUUGACCAGUUCAUCUGCCCCGGGCAAGCCAAGUGGGUCAGGCAGAACGGCAUCGUCCUGCUGCUCCCCCACGGCAUGGAGGGCAUGGGCCCUGAGCACUCAUCUGCCCGUCCGGAGCGGUUCCUGCAGAUGUGCAACGACGACCCUGACGUCUUCCCUAAGCUGGACGACUUCGACGUGCGCCAGCUGUACGACUGCAACUGGAUCGUCGUCAACUGCUCCACUCCAGCCAACUUCUUCCACGUCCUGCGGCGUCAGAUCCUCCUGCCCUUCCGCAAACCGCUGAUCAUCUUCACUCCAAAGUCGCUGCUGCGCCACCCCGAAGCGCGCUCCAGCUUCGAUGACAUGCUGCCAGGCACCAAUUUCCUCCGGGUCAUCCCCGACAGCGGCCCCGCAGCACAGAGCCCGCAGAGCGUCCGCCGGCUGCUGUUCUGCACCGGGAAGGUUUACUACGACCUGACACGGGAGCGCAAGGCCCGCAACAUGGAGGCAGACGUGGCCAUCACCAGGGUGGAGCAGCUGUCGCCGUUCCCCUUCGACCUCCUGCAGAAGGAAGCUCAGAAAUACCCCAACGCCGAGCUGGUGUGGUGCCAGGAGGAGCACAAGAACCAGGGCUACUACGACUACGUCAAACCGCGCCUGCGCACCACCAUCAACCGCGCCAAGCCCGUGUGGUACGCAGGCCGGGAGCCGGCAGCUGCCCCCGCCACCGGCAACAAGAAGACUCACCUGACGGAGCUGCAGCGGCUGCUCGACACCGCCUUCAACCUGGACGCCUUCAAGGACCUGGCCUGAGACCCCAACCCCCACAGCCCCCCCGCGGCCGCUGCAGCAUGCGCGUGGCUCUGUCCGUCUGUCUUUGUGUCUGUCGCUCGCCUCCCGCCUCCGUCCUAAACUACACGCCUUGUCAACCCAA